ACUUCAUAUAAAUUUCAAUCCUAGACAGUCAAUAUCCGGCUAUAAUGAAAAAUGUGUGUAUUUUAGUUUUGUUAAGUGCCUACGUUCCCCUUUCGUCAUCAGAUUAUUGGGCGGAAAGGGAAAAAUUGAUUAAUUAUGAUAAACAGUUUUCAUUAGGUUCAAAACUAAAUUUAACUGAAAAGGAAAAGCGAGUCAGUGAUAUUUUAAUGACUUACAAAUUUGAGGAAUAUGAUUUAGGUUUUUUAAAUCCCAAUGAUUUUCUGGCCGGACAACAUUUUUUUAAAGUUAAGGACAAAAUUGAGAAAUCAAAGGUGUUUGACAUCAUUCAACGAGUUCCAAAAGGAUCGUCUUUACAUUCACACGAUGAAGCUUUAGUGUCACAAGAAUAUUUGUACAAUUUGACUUAUAGAGACAACCUCUAUAUAUGCAUUGAAAAGGAUCAAAUUAAUCUACAUUUCUUUCGAGAAAACAAUAUCAGCGACUCUUGCAAUUGGACUUUGGUUAGCGAUUUAAGAAGAUCUGAUAAGAACUUUGAUAGUUACUUGAAAUCGAAAAUAUCAAUGAUAUGCGAUGAUCCUGAUAAGACAUAUUCUAAUUCAAAUACUGUUUGGAAAGCAUUUCAAACCAUCUUUAGAACAAUUGGAGGUUUAUUAACAUAUAAACCAAUUUUCGAAGAAUAUUUCUAUGAGGCACUCUUAGAACUAUACGAAGACAACGUUAAGUAUUUAGAAUUCAGAGGAUUUUUACCAGAGGUAUAUGAUAUUGAUGGAAAUAUUUAUUCCAAGCUGGAGGUUCUUGGUAUGUACGUGCAUACAUUUAAAAAGUUCCAAACGGAUCAUCCUGAUUUUUUCGGAGCUAGAUUUAUUUAUGCACCUAAUAGACAUGUUGAUAAUGCUACUAUGGACGAAUAUGUAAAUACAUUUAGAAAACUUAGGAAGAAAUAUCCUGGAUUUGUUGCAGGUUUUGACUUGGUUGGUCAAGAAGAUGCAGGAAAUCCGUUGAUAUCUUUCUUGCCUCAACUGGAAGAAUUGCAGAAAAUGGGAGCGAAUUUCUUCUUUCACGCUGGCGAAACAAACUGGGAAGGCGAAUCUACAGAUUUUAACAUACUAGACGCAAUUCUGCUCAAUACUACAAGAAUUGGACACAGUUACGCCAUUUUAAAGCAUCCUAUUGCGGCCCAACUAGUCAAAGAAAAAGAUAUAGCACUCGAAAUUUGUCCUAUUUCAAAUCAAGUGUUGAAAUUAGUGACGGAUUUAAGAAACCAUCCUGGAGUUAUUUUAAUAGCAAACGGUUUCCCUGUUGUUAUUUCCGCUGAUGAUCCAUCGUUUUGGGGAUCAAGAGGACUUAGCUAUGAUUGGUAUAUGGCGUUUAUGGCUUUAGCUGGAAAAAAUAGCGAUUUAAGGUUUUUAAAACAGUUGGCCAUCAAUUCCAUAAAAUAUAGUAGUCUAGAUGAAAAUAAAAAGAAAUUAGCAAUGAAUGAGUGGGAAAGUGAUUGGAAUUUAUUCAUUGAGGCCGAAUUACAAAGACAAUAUCCAUAUGAUUUGCCAAAUGUAAUAAAUGUUAUUGAAAUAAAUGAUUAAUGAGCAAUGAAGGAAAA